CGCUGUUCUUAAGACUGAAUAAUGACGUAGAUUUACAGGUGCGGAGGGCGGGGCAGGAGUCACAGACAGAGGAGGAAGAACGCAGAAAGACCGAAAGAGAACGUGGGGAUGUGAGUGUGUAUGCGAUUUUCGGCGCUGCAGGUACAGCGACAUACAGCUUUCUUUCCCAGUCGGGGAACACCAUCUCCCGGAUACAUUACAUUUCUCCCCACAAUGUCUGGUGGAGGAGAAGUCCGUGUUCUCCGCCAGGAGGCUGGGCAGGAGAGCCCGACGAUGCCAGCCUGGAAACGAGAGAUUCUGGAGCGGAGGAAAGCAAAGGGUGGCGGGUCUGGAGCAGGAGCGGCUGAGCCUUGCCUUAGCGCGAGCUCAUCGCGGGUUAAUGGCGAAGUAACGGGAAACAGCAGCGCCCCCAAAAAAGACAAUGAAACCAACGCUGAUUCAGUUCGGAACUACACCAUCAUUCCAGCGAGCCAGCACUUUGCAGGCAAGCGUGGCAGUUCCCCCACCUCCCCAGAGCUCUCACCGGUGAAAACUAACAAAGACCCCUUGACUGCCACCGACCCGUAUGACUCGGAGAAAACGGUAAACGAUGGCGAGGGACAGGAAAGCCUGGUUCUGCAGGACAGUCUAGGCCCAUUGCAGGAGAAUCCCUUCAUCAAACUGGAGAAGGAGCGAAAGAAACGGCAGGACAGGGAGUGUGCCAUUCGUCCCGUCCAGCACAUACUGGAAUUGUAUGGCAGUGUACCUGGAAUUCGGACUAUACGCGCUGAGAAUAUCAUUAUCAUAGAAUCCGAUCCGGAUUACUUUCCGGGGGCCAGUGGAAUAAAAAGCGGGUCUUAUCUGCAGCAGAAUGGGCUAUGCAGUUACAGCUCCCUCAACGACCUCUUGGACAGGAGAGCUGGUGGGGUGACCGAGAUACGGGCAAAGGAGGUGGUUAUUUAUGACACCACACUAAGCAGGAGCGAGGAGAACUUGAGCACGCUAAGUCAUCCUUGUCACGAGGGCGCAUUCGAGACAGGAGAGGGUCAGGGCAGGGUGAGCCGCAUGCUGCAGAAAUUUGACAGCAACUACGGAAAACUGCAACCCAAGUCUCGCAGCACAGAGAACCUGCUGGACUUGGAAACCAGUUCAAGCAGGCCAAGACAACGACCCAAGCCACAGCCAGAUCUGGUGCCAAAAUACAAAUCACACGCCCAGCCUAGCUCACCAGUCCGCACCCUAGGCAACACACAGUCAUCUUCCUCAGUAUCCCCCAACUCCCAGUCUUCCAAACCAAAUCUACAGCCCCCUCUUUAUGAGCCUGACAGCAUCCUGCACUCUGCUGGACCCCCUCAAUCAGUGUCUUCCUACCGCCAGCGUUUUGAGGUGAGUGGGGGGGACAGUGUGGUGGUCAACCCCAGAGAGAAGGCAGAUGGGCCCCAGACCAAGCCUUUCCGAGAGAGCGAUUGGGAGAGCACAGAGGUGCCCCCCAAAUCCAAGGUGCCAUGCUCUCCGGAUACCUGCUGUGCUCGUGCCGAGUCCCCUGCCAGCCCCACCACACCCCUGAUGUCUCCCCCCUCUCCAGGGUUCAAGAUCUGCCCCUCGCCCCGCCCUGACCUCUCCCUGCUGCCUUCCGGGGACAUCCAGGCUCGUGCCCUUGCCAACCUGCGCCUCCAGUCCCGCAACUCCUUCACAGUCUUCCCCAAACGCCACAGAGCAGCCUCUUCCCCGGGAAGCACAGCCCCCUCCAGCCCCAUCAAGUUUCCUCCCUCCCAGAGAUUGGCAGAGAUGCCCACUCCAGGAGUGCCAAUUCCCAUUACCCCUCCACCCACCCCAGCAGCCUCCAAGAGGAAAGAGGAGGUGAGGGCAGCCAGGCCAACCAAACCAGACCCACCUCUCCCCACUGCCACCCAGCCCCCCUCCUCUCCAUCCCCAGCAGCCUCCAAGAGGAAAGAGGAGGUGAGGGCAGCCAGGCCAACCAAACCAGACCCACCUCUCCCCACUACCACCCAGCCCCCAUCCUCUCCAUCCCCAGCACCCUCCUCAGUUCCCUCUGUCCAGUCGCCACCUCCAGAGGAUGCCUCAGCUGACCAGCUACCUGUCACCAACAUAGAUGACAUAGAUGUGGACCCUUCGAAGCCCGUCGCCCCCAGUCCAACUCCAGUGGUGCAUGGGCGGAAGGGGAAUACCUUCACUGUGGUGCCUAAACGUAAGUCAGAGCCUCAGCCUGGCUCUCCAGAGCCCCAGGAGCCCUCCGGAGGGGCCCAGACCCCCCCCAUGCCAUCCCAGGCCCCCUACGCCCAGCUGGGUUCCCUGCUGAAGAAGCGCUACCCUGCUGUGGAGGAGAUCGAGGUCAUUGGUGGGUACCAGUCCCUGGGACGCUCCUGCCUCAUCAAGACAGGCUCCACUGGCAAGAAGCUGAAGAUAUCGUUCAACGAGUCCAGCAUGCAGAGCAGCUAUGAGUACCCCUCAGAGAGCAGCGUGUGGGACAGCGGAGAGGAGGAGGAGGAGGAGGAGGAUGAGGAGGCGGCGGCGGCGGAAGGGAAGGGAGGAGGUCAGGAGGAAGAUCAGCCCAGCAUGGUGGGCCGCAUCCACAUCCCUCGUCCGAGCUACACCAGCAACGGCACUGAUCUGUCCAGUUACAUUCCCAAGCACACUGUGGAUUUUAACAGCUGGCAGGAACAUAAGCUUGAUGACCCUAUUUACCAGGGGAACACCAAUUUCCAGCGCACACAGAUGUCAGGGGAAGUUAUGCUCACCCCAGCAGACAGCUCCUUGCUGUCAGAUUUCAGCAGUGAACCUGCUCUGUACUUCUGAUAUGCCUGGACCAAACAGGAAUGACCACUGCCCUACAGCUUGGACUCAGAACCACAGUUACACAACCCAGGCUGGGACCAGACUCCUACCAGUGCCCAGUGAGACUUAACAGAAUUGGACCUCAAGUUGCACUCCAACACAAACAAAGCACUCUCUUUUUUUCACACCUUGUUUAAUUUGAUACAUAGACAUCAACCAACCACAACCCAAGCAGCUGGACUGUCCUCACCUUACAUGUACAGUUGAUCUGUCCUCUCAACCACUACCAAUUCCUCUCACUGACUGCCAUUGAGCGGUGAAGUCUGAACCAGAUCUCUGACAGACUGUAUUUGAUUGUCCAAAGAAAUCUGAGCUUGAAAGAUAAUCAUGCAUUAUAAUACUGUUUUCCAGGCUUUACGAUCUCUAGAAGGCGGCUAUCUGGCUCCAUUCUGUCUGCCUUGAUGUCUCUCUGUCUCCAUCAUUGUUGUCAUAUUAUAUAUACUGCGUAUGUAUAACAGGAAUGACCACAAUACAAUGCAUUCAAAAAGUAUUCAGACCCCUUGACUUUUUCAAAUUUUAAUGUUACAGCCUUAUUCUAAAAUGGAUUAAAUUGUUUUUUUCCCCCUCAUUAAUCUACACACAAUACCCUAUAAUGACAAAGCAAAAACAGGUUUUUAUAAAUUACAUUUAUGAGUACUUUGUUUAAGCACCUUUGGCAUCGAUUACAGCCUCGAGUUUUCCUGGGUAUAACGAUACAAGCUUCACCCCUGUAUUUGGGGAGUUUCUCCCAUUCUUCUCUGCAGAUCCUCUCAAGCUCUGUCAGGUUGGAUGGGGAGUAUGACUGCACAGCUAUUUUCCGGUCUCUCCAGAGAUGUUUGAUUGGGUUCAAGUUCGGGCUCUGGCUGAGCCACUCAAGGACAUUCAGAGACUUGUCCUGAAGCCAUUCCUGCAUUGUCUUGGCUGUGUGCUUAGGGUUGUUGUCCUGUUGUAAGGUGAAUCUUUGCCCCAUUCUGAGGUCCUGAGCAUUUUGGAGCAGGUUUUCAUCAAGGAUCUCUCUGUACUUUGCUCUGUUCAUCUUUCCCUCGAUCCUGACUAGUCUCCAAGUUCCUGCUGCUGAAAAACAUCCCCACAGGAUGAUGCUGCCACCAUGCUUCACCAUAGGGAUGGUGCCAGGUUUCCUCCAGACUGGCACUCCAGACAAUUGGCAUUCAGGCCAAAGAGUUCAAUCUUGGUUUCAUCAGACCAGAGAGUCUUGUUUCUCAUGGUCAGAGUCCUUUAGGUGCCUUUUGGGUAACUCCAAGCGGGCUGCAUUGUGCCUUUUACUGAGGAGUGGCUUCCGUCUGGCCACUCUCCCAUAAAGAACUGAUGAGUGGAGUGCUGCAGAGAUGGGAGAAUCUUCCAGAAGGACAACCAUCUCAAUAGAGGAGCUCUGUCAGUGACCAUCAGUUUGGCCAUGCGGCCAGCUCUAGGAAGAAUCUUGGUGGUUCCAUACUUCCUCAGUUUUUAAGAAUAAUGGAGGCCACUGUUCUUGGGGACCUCCAAUGCUGCAGAAAUGUUUUUGGUACCCUUCUCCAGAUCUGUGCCUCAACACAAUCCUGUCUCGGAGCACUAUGGAUAGUUCCUUCGACUUUAUGGCUUGGUUUUUGCUCUGACAUGCACUGUCAACUGUGGGAUCUUAUAUAGACAGGUGUGUUCCUUUCCAAAUCGUGUCCAAUCAAUUACAUUUACCACAGGUGGAAUCAAAUCAAGUUGAAGAAACAUCUACAUUUCCAGUCUCAUAGAAAAUGGUCUGAAUACUUAUGUAAAUAAGGUAUUUCAGUUUCUAAAUGUGCGAACUAUUUAAAAAACCUGUUUUCACUUUGUCAUUAUGGGGUAUUGUGUGUAGAUUGAGGAUAUGUUUUCUUAAUCCAUUUUAGAAUAAGGCUGUAACAAAAUGUGGAAAAAGUCAAGGGGUCUGAAUAAUUUCCGAAUGCAGUGUAUGGUGUCUGUGUGUCCUUGUAAAGGGGAUUUGUGUAGUGGUGGUGACCAAAUUCCUUAAACAAGGAAGCCAACAGUGCCCAUUCUUAUCAAGAAGAGACUCCGUGUUAUUGUGUCCUGGAGUCCCAAAACGUAGGCUGAGGACGCCACACUUCAUAGGGAAUGGGCAGACAAAAACAAACAAUACUUAAAUACGGCAAGGGUUCCACAAUCCUAGUCAUUUGUUUUUCUACCUGUUUUCAAUUGACUUGGUUCCCCUUAAUGUUUGCUUCUUCUGUGUGCCUUUUUAGUUUUUGUAUGUUUCCAAUGUUGUGUUGGAGAUUUUGCCAGAAGAGUGCAGGAGCAAGCGAAUGUCAACACUCCCUCUUAUAAUUAAGAAAUGCGCUGUAGACCUGCUCAACUUUGUUUGAUCAUCAAAGAGCUGUGAAGUACUGCUUCAGCAGCUCGUGACCAUUUUGAUAUACCUUCUGCAAAGAAGAUUAAUGUCAAAGGGACAGUAAAUUAGACCCAUUGUCUAGAAUACUAUUAUAAACCAUUUCCCCCGUUCAGUGUUAAUGUUUGAACACUGCCAAGUGUGAAAGAUACCAAGAUCAAAGGUAAACCAAGAAUAGCAACUAUUGAAACAAUUCACCAGCAUGUGCGUUUGAAAGGUCACCUUUCAGAUACUCGUUCUUGUGUAGUGUAUGGAUCAAAUAGCUGUGCUAGAUGGAACAAGGAAGGGUGUGUCCUCAUGGCCAUGUUUUUCCUUCAUUGACCAGUGAAUAGCUUCUGACCUCCUACACAUUCCAUAGAGCAUGGUUUCCCAAACUUGGUCCGCAGAACCCCAAGAGGUGCAUGUUUUUGUUUUUUUGCCUUAACACCUCACACUUGAUGAAUAGUUUAUUUGAAUCAGCUGUGUAAUGCUAGGGCAAAAACCAAAACAUGCAGUCAUUGGGGUCCAGAGGACUGAGUUUGGGAGCCCCUGCCACAGUGAGCGGGUCUAUUUUAGUAAUGAAGACAUUAAUCUUACACACUUGUUUAAAAAAAGAAAAAUGGCUAAGUUUAAGAUUUUUACUCAAUGCCAAUUGACUCAUUAAUUACUGUGGUGGACACAACUCCCAUUCUCAAACAUAUUCCUUCGGACAGUAUUGAUGUACAGUUUAUAUACUCCAAUGUAUUGCUUUUUGAAUAUCUUCAAAGGAAGAGGUUUAGAUUACAGGACUGGCAACAUUUCUAUACUCUGUUUCAUGAUUAGACACUUGUCAAUUUUAUUUUAAACCUCAAAUACAGGCAAGGUGAAAGUGUUCCUCAAUCAAUGUACUGUAUGUCGAUGAGAAACAAGGAAUGCAUGAUCUGUUUCUGCCACAACCCUUUUGGGGAAACCAGGGAAUGAUAACUGGUUAGUGUCCACAGAAUCCCAUAGAGCACACCUGCCAUUCAUCUGUGCCAACUGCUGCAUUUAGGACCAAAUCCCUAAGUAGGCCAGCAGCUUUUCCCGGGAAUUGUGCCUUUAAUUGAAUCAGGGGACCAAGAGCCAGGGCUUUAUAAUGGCAUGUUUCAGUGACACCAGCAAGAUUAGGAUGAGACGGAUUCACUUGAAAGAAUAUUGAAGCCUGGGACCAUUGUAUAUUCCUGUUAAGAAAGACGAGGCUUCCAGCUACACUAUUAAUCUCCAGCAUCAAAGAUGUGCUUACUGUAAAAUGUGUAGUUGUCAAUGAUUUGGGGGGAAAAAAAGAUGUCAACUGUACAAAUGAAAGUUCAAUAAAUAGAUGAAGCCUU